CGGUGGACGAGUGGACAAAUGAUCCGACUCAAUGGCCUGAGGUGUCAUAUCCUGACAUCUAUAACUACCUCAUUGAAUCUCCAGGUAGUUUGUAUAGGACGUCAUCAAGACACAUUAUUUAUCCGUUUUAAUAGUCUGUCCAAUUUGCGUUACUGUUUAAACUAUAAAUAUGUGUUAUACAAUAACGUGUUAAAUAGGGGGUUUACCAAGCUAAUUAAUGAUAGCAUCUAGUUAUAGGUAGGGUUGAUAAUUGACGAUUUUAUGUUAUAGCCUAUCUUUAUAAUCUCAGUAAAUAUACCACAACACAGUAGCCUACGACAAUAUUUUUAACAUACACAGUUCAUCACAAUAGCAAAAUUCAGUCUUUAUUAAUUAACUUUCUGGAUUGCCCAUGGUUGUACUACUAAUGUUUUUUUAAAUGUUUUUAGAUGUGACAGAGCAGGUUUAGAGAUUUGUGUCUGCUAACUUGUCCUCUAGGGAUUUACACAGCAAGUUCAAUGAAGAACUUCAGGUCUCUGGAAGCACAUACCUUUUUUACCAGUGGCUGGGUGGAUGUGGUUCUUCACCACAAACCCUGUGCUGACACAACAGUCUUCAAGACCCAUGUAAAGCCAUCAUGGAGAGUUACAGAUACUGUAAACUCCACAACACCUGGGUUGCUGUUAACAAGACUGGAGAGGUCACAGCUGCUCACUGUGAUUGCAUGGCAGGACUAGGAGAAAGCUGUUCCCAUGUCGGAGCCCUGCUUUUUAAGUUGGAGGCAUCAGUUCGCCUUGGAUAUACAAGUGUGGCACCAACCAGCAUCGCCUGUGCCUGGAAUAAAGUCUGCACGAAAAAAGUUGAGGCAGACAUGGUCAUCAAUAUAGACUUCUAUGGAGACAAAGCCAAAAAAAGGGACACAGGAACAAACUGCAGGGUCAUUCCAAUGGCGAAUGAAGAAAAUAAACAACAGUUCUUGGAAAUGCUGUCUGCCUCAGGAGAACUGCCUGUUGGUCUGAGCACUUUCAAGGCUUUUGCAGACCCUUUCAAACCAAAGCCUUGGUACCAACAUCUGUCAGAUUGUUCAGAUGAUCAGGUACAGGCAAUAGAGGAAGAGACAAAAGACCAGGCAGAAUGUUCAUCUUGGCACCAGCAGAGGGUUGGGAGGGUGACAGGUACAUCAGCACACAGAGUUAUCCACACAUCUCUUGAGAAACCAUCAAAAUCACUGCUGAGGGAUAUUGUGCAGAAAGAAUCACGCAAAAAUCCGCUGAAAACACCAGGCAUCAUUUGGGGUAGGGAACACGAAAAAGAUGCAAUUGAGACAUACAAGUAUGCACUGGGCCUUACAACUGCAUAUACAGCACCCACUUUAAUUAACAUCUCCAGUGACAUAUAUAAACCCCACACAAGCAUCAGUAUUCAACGGGCAGGCUUCCGAGUUAGCAGAGAGAAGCCCUACAUUGGUGUAAGCUGUGAUGCUUAUGUACACUGCGUUUGCUGUGGAAAGGGGGUGGUUGAGGUAAAGUGCCCCUUGAAGUGGAAUAGUGAUUUGCCAGCAGACAAGAGAGGACAUCUGGACACUUUGUUGUCGCUGAGGACCAACCACAGCUACUACACCCAGGUGUAGAUGCAGAUGUUUGUGUGCAAAACAACC